AUGGGAUUGUUAUUUGCGAAAUUGUGGAAUCUUUUCGGCAACGAAGAACACAAGAUAGUAAUUGUUGGUUUAGAUAAUGCUGGAAAAACUACAAUAUUAUAUCAGUUUCUAAUGAAUGAAGUUGUUCACACUAGCCCUACAAUAGGUUCUAAUGUUGAGGAAGUUGUAUGGAGGAACAUACACUUUAUUAUGUGGGAUUUGGGAGGACAGCAAUCUUUAAGGGCAGCUUGGAGUACUUAUUAUACAAAUACUGAGUUCGUUAUAGUAGUAGUCGAUUCAACAGACAAAGAACGAUUGUCUGUAAUAAGAGAAGAAUUGUACAAAAUGUUAGCUAAUGAAGAAUUAUCAAAAGCAGGUGUUUUAGUCUAUGCCAAUAAACAGGAUGUUAAAGGUUCAAUGUCAGCGUCGGAGAUUUCGAAAGAAUUAGAUUUGACCUCCAUUAAGCAACAACAAUGGCAUAUACAGUCGUGUUGUGCUUUAACCGGAGCAGGGUUAUACCCAGGCUUAGAAUGGAUAGUAAGCAGACUGAAAAAGAAAUGA